CCACUCUAGUAUCGAUUAUUGAAACAAAACACAUAUACGUGCAUCAUAAUAGUAGUCACUUGUUAUUAUUAUUGUAUAUUACAUUAUUAUAAAUUUUUAUAUGUAAAACAGUAUAAAUAAUUACAGUAAUGUUAAUUGUUAUAAUUAAUUUGUAGUGUAAUCGCGAAGUUAAAAAUUAAAUGUCAUUUAUUAAUUAAAUUUAAUUUGAUAUUCUCUGUUAUUUUAUUACGCUUCGGUAUGCAGUGAGUACAUAUUGCAUACAGCGCAAUUACAUUUUUAUAUGUAUUUGAAUUUUAACUGGUUCACGUGGUUAUGUGGAAUAUAAAAACACUUAAUUAUUUAUUUAUAACAAAAAAAUAUAGAUAAUUAUAAAUAAUGUGUCGGUUAAUAAUAAUUAUAUUAUUAGUUAGCGAAUGUAACAUUGGAAUUUGUAAAGAGGCAAUGCGCAGCUAUUGUGAAAUAGACUUAGGGGUGCCCUUGUUACAAUUUGACUUUAGAAAACUUUCUGAUACAAACCGUGAUUAUGUUCUUCAUCAUGAGAGUACUAAUGAAACGAUAAAAUUCCAAUUAUGCAAACCAUUAACGACGAAAUGUAAUGGAGUUGAUGUAGCAGGUUGUCUUCUUCGUGGGAAGGAAGAAAUAAUAUUAGGACGAGUACCUGAUGUUAAACAUGAAGACGGAAGAAUCUCUUUUAAUUAUAUAGGAGAACUCUGUGGUGAUAAAGUUUAUUAUACUUUCAAUGUGGUAAUGAUAUGUGAUUUCCAAGCUGAAAAUUCAUAUCCUGAACUUUUUCCUUAUGGUCAGAAGCAUUGCAACUUUUACGCUGAAUGGAAAACAAAAGUAGCUUGUGGCUACAAUUUUGAUGCCUCUAUACAUUCAGUUGAAUGCAAAGUUACUGAUAACAAUACCAAAAAUUCUUAUGAUCUAGGCAGCUUAAAAAAAACAUCAGACAAUUAUAUUAUUCCUAUAAAUGAAAAAUCUUCAAUAAUUUUAAAUAUUUGCCAUCCAGUAGUUUUUGGAAAUGGAGUUGUUUGUCCAUUAAACUCGGCAGUAUGUUUAAGAAAUAAUACGAAUUCAAUAACUUAUACAAAUAUUGGAGAUGUAGCAUCACCAGAAAUUGUAAAUGGUAGUCUUACCAUGACGUAUCGUACUGGUGCGCUGUGUUCACAAUCGAUACACAGUGAAACAACAAUUUCUUUUGUUUGUGAUUUCAAAGCUUACGAAACUCAACCAGCACUUGGACAAUUGACAGAUGAUUGUCAUUAUAAUAUUAUAUGGAAAACAAUUGCUGCCUGUGAUAAUAAAAAAGUUGAAGAAUACAAACGAAAGACAUCGGCCUCGUGUAAAUCUAUAAAUCCAAUCACUAAUUACGAGUAUAAUUUAGAUUCAUUGAAAGGUGAAGAUUACAUUGUUAAAUCUGACAGUGAUGAGUAUAAAUUUAGUGUAUGUGGUCCUUUGCUGACAAAUUUUUGUAAACAAGGAAAUGAUGACUCUGCAGGGGUUUGCUCAGCACAUAAUCGUGUAAUUGGAGGAAAAGCUAAUUCAAAAUUAAUUUCUGCACCUGGAGGCCUAUAUCUAAAUUAUACGGACGGUUCUUCAUGUCAAGGAAACAGAAGUCGUUUCACCAUAAUUGCAUUUCGGUGUUCACCAGAAGGAUCUGACAGCAUGCCUGUGAUAGUGGAAGAAAAAACUUGUCAUUUGAAAAUUCAGUGGAAUACAUCAUUGGCUUGUGAAAAAAAGAAUUUAUUUUUGAACGAUGGAGAAACACAAAUAAGAGAACCUACUAUUGAACAAAGUAUAAAUAAAAUAGAUCAAUCUGCAUCUUCAUUGUCAAAAAUUAUUACGGCAUCGACUGAUGACAAACAUGCUAAUGGGAAUUCUUAUGUUACAGCGAUAGUAAUUGUUUCUGUAUUGGUCGGCAGUAGUAUUUUUGUAGCAGUAUGCUUUUUAAAUUCAAAAGUACAAGACUGCGUGAAAUCUUGCUACCGCUGCCGAUUUUUAAAGAAGUCAGAUGUACGAAUGCGGUAUUCAAAGAUAAGUACAAGCUCUGAAGCAGAUGCAUUACUGGAUGGUCCAGAUACAAUGUGUCAAUCAGAUAGUGAUGAUGAUUUAUUAAGAUUAUAA